AUGCCUAUAAUUUGUUUUUCAGCGGAAGAAAAUGAUAGAAAUUGGAUGGAUUAUCAUAUGAAAAAUGAACAUAAGAUAGAGUCAUAUGAUUUGGAGAUGUUUUUCUAUUUACAUGACAUUAAUUUUGAUGGAUAUUGGAAUGCAAAGGAUUUUAGAUAUAUAUAUGGGCUAGAUAAUGAAGAUUUAACAGAAAAACAGAAAAUAUAUUUAGAAGAGGAGGUUUUAUCAUAUGUUGAUAAAGAUGGAGAUGGUAUUGUUACUUUGGAGGAGUUUAAGAAAUUUAUAAAUGAAGGAAAUAAGUUACCAGGGUUAGAUAUGGGAUAUGAUGGACAUCAUGAGGAUUUUGAGACAGAAUUUAAUAUUCACCAUAUUGAAGUUCAUCAUACGAGUUCAAAUGAAAAUUUAAGACAUUAUGAAGACAUUGAGCAUUUUAAGAAACAUAAUGAGAUUUUAUACAAGCAGAAAAAAAUGAUGAAAAAAAAGUUAGGGAAUUAUUAUGUAUAA